AUGAUAUAUUUGGCAAUACAAAAGAAAGAUGAGAAUGAUAAGGAUAUUGAUAUUGAAGUUAAGUUCAAUGUGGCAAACGUUAGGAGGGUAUUGGACUUGAGAGAUAGUGAUGAUGACCCAAUUAUCGUACCAGAAAGGUUAUGCAAGGGUUUAUGCUUUAGAAUGGGAUUUACUGGGCACGUAAAUGAUAAAUAUCUCAAGUCUAAAUUUUGUCGUCUAUACAAGUUCAUAGUUCAUUGUGUUAUACAAGCUCUAUCACACAGAAAGGGGGCGUAUGAUGAGACAUCGGACUACAUUAUGAACAUUAUUACAUGGCUAGUGCUGAAUAGGCCUUAUAACAUUUCACAAGUGUUGUUUGAUCACAUGAUUGGCAACAUCAAAGGCGAAAAAUACAUUAUGUAUCAAAGAUUCAUUCAGAUGCUGUUGAAUGAUCAAGUACCUGAUUUGCCAAAGGAUCCUGCUGAUGAGCUAAAUUUGCAUCACAUGACAAGUGAGACCUUGAGUAGAUUGAAUCUUUAUAAAGGUCUGAAAGAAGAUCGUGAGCCGAGAGUUAAGGGGAUGAUUUGUAAAAUCAAAGAUCCAAACUAUGUCGCACCUGAGAAUGAUGCAUGGAGACACGAGAAUAGUGAUUCAGAGGAUGAAACAGAAAGAUUAAGUGAGAUGCAUGAGAAAAAGCAAAGGAGCAUCGAUUCGCGAUUCCUUAGACGACUUGCUGGCGUUUUCAAAGACAUCGCUCACAGCUUUUGCCAUGCACUUGGCAAUGAUAGUAGCGAGACGCCUGUCCCUCUUCUCUUGGCGGAGCCAGCAAAGAAAAAGUCUCCACCAAUACUUGUUGAUGAGCCAGUAAUUGAUCCAACGGAGCUGAUAAAACAAGGAGCGGAUCUUCUGAACAUGACAUUUGAUCAAUACAUCAAGCAUACUGCUGAAGAAGCUGCUAAAGUUGUUGCAAAGGUUCAAAGUGUUGAAAAAGUAGCUGAAACUUCUGCAAAGAAUGUUGAAGCAGAAAAUGUCAAGGAAAAGGAAGCUGAAGGAGUUGCUCACACAGACUCUAGUACAACAGAAAGUGAUACAGAGCCAGAGAUUGAUACUUCAAAGAUUGGUGUUGGAAAGAUAAGGUUGAAAGUCAAGCCUCAAAAGAAAAAAAAGGAUUCCGAUGAAGAGGAUUCUACUUACAUUCCUACACCUCAAGAGAAGAAAAAGAAGGUUAUCAAGAAGCGUAAAGCUCAUCCAUCUGGUGUGAUUCCUAGGAAUGCCAGAGCUAGAAAAGGAGCAGCAACAAUGCCUAAAAUUCAGAGUCAUAAAGCUCCAGAAGUUGAAAGUAUUCAAACUCCAGAAGUGCAACAAGCUCAAGGUAAAGCUCCAGAAGUUGAAAGUAUUCAAAUUCCAGAAGUGCAACAAGCUCAAAGUUUUCCAGAGGUUGAAGUAGAAAGUGUUAAAGCACCUGAGGUUCAAACGAUAGAGGGUCCAGAAGCUGAAAAGAAAAAGCCUGAAAGUCCAGAUUAUAGCAGUCACAGCCAAAGAAAGAUACUUUUUUCUGGUUUAUUUGAAGAUUUUCCAGAAUUUCAAGGUGACUUUCCAUUUGAUCUUCCGGAAGGUGAUCAUGAUAUGUUUCAUAAUGGAAAGAUCAAGAUUCUUACAAAGAAAGUGAGUAUUUUGGAAAAGGCAAAAGCAAAAGCUGAAACUGAACAUGAUGAAGUGAAAAAGAAGCUUGCAAAGACAAUAGAAGUGAAUGAAGAGCUGAAGUUAGUAGUGAAUAAUCAUGCUGAAAGGAUUAAUGAAUUAACAGAUGAUCUUGGAGAACAAGCUAAACUCAUUGAUCAACUCAAUACAGAGUUUGCUGAAGUGAAUGCAAAACAUGAAAAAUUAAAUAAAGUGAACAAGACACUACAUCAGAUGAUAGCUGUGUACAAUGACCUGGAGAUUCAAAGAGUUGAAGAACGAAGAGCUCAAAGAGAAAAAGAGUUGGCUCAAGAAGCAACUCAGAAAAGGAAAGGGUUAGCAGUUGAUACUCAAGAGGUUGUAGGUUCUUCUAGUCAUCCUGAAGGUGCUGACGUUGAAAUGACAGAAGCAGAGGUGAACGUUGAGGAAGAAAAUAUGGAUGUUGAUCCAGAUCAGGGGUUUGUGCUUAUUGGUGAAUCAUUCUCUCUACCUUACAGUUUAAAGGAGAUUAUUCGUCUUGUGAGAGCUGAUCAAAGAAAAAGGAAGGCGAGGAGAUCUCAAGGUGAAAUUGAUCCUGAUACAAAGCUAUUGUGUUAUAAAGAAGAGAAAGAGGAUCAUGAAGAAGAGGAAGAGGAAGAGGAUCCUGAAUUGAAAGACAUUCUUGAUGCAGUUGAUAACUAUAAUCCUUCAUGGAAUGAUUUCAAAGAUGACGAUGACGAUUAA